UCACCAUAAACUGACUUUUGUAUGGAAAGCAGCUGCUUGAAGAUUCUUCAUGGAAUCAACAGCAUACAGUUUUGGAACAACAUGAGGUGAUCUACCUGCAUUACUGUGGUGGUGAGAGAGCAGCGCGGCCGGCAGAUGGCAGCAGUGAUCACUGAGGAUAACGUGUACUGCGAGGCGGAGGUGAACGGAGCGCCCCCUGCUGAUGAACAGGAUCAAGUGCAGCUGCCCGCUCCUGAGGGAAACAUACAGGGACAGGUGGAGGAGUUUCUCGGCCCACAUCCUGACUACGAUGAGGAGGAGGAGGAGCGCAAGUACUACAGACGAAAGAGGCUGGGUGUAGUGAAGAACGUGGUGGGGGCCAGUUGCGGAGGAAUGAUCAUCUACAGCGUUUACAUGGGUCUUUUACAGAUGCAGUUAAUUCUGCACUACGAUGAGACGUAUAGAGAGGUCAAGUAUGGCACUUUAGGGCUGGAGGAUAUUGACAACAAAAUGCUGAUGGGCAUCAACGUAACACCUAUUGUCGGCCUGCUCUACACGCCGGUGCUCAUUAGAUUUCUUGGCACUAAGUGGAUGAUGUUCCUGGCAUCAGGCAUCUAUGCUCUCUUUGUAUCAACCAAUUACUGGGAGCGAUACUACACUCUUGUACCGUCAGCUGUGGCCAUUGGCAUUGUCAUUGUUCCUCUUUGGGCGUCACUGGGAAACUACAUCACCAGAAUGGCCCAGCAGUAUUAUGAGUAUGUGAACUAUAAGGACGAACAUAUCCAGGAGCAGAAGAAGCCCCCCAAAGGAGCCUUCCAUUCUUACAUCAUCAUUUUCCAGUCCGUCUUCUACAUCGUUUUCCAUCUGAGUUUCGUGUUUGCCGAGUUCCCCAUGGUGCUGUUCCUCAAUCACUAUCUGAAUGAUUACAAACACACUCUCUACAAAGUUACACAGUGUGGAGCCUCCGGGAAAGGGGUGAUAGAGAAUUUAAAUAAGACAGUUUUGCUCAGCUUGCCUCGCUCUCUGCUGCUUAUCGAGGUGGAGAGUGUGCUCAUGGGGGCAGCCUUCCUCGCCAUGCUUAUCUUCCUGGUGUUGUGUGGAGCUGCAUAUCGGCCCACUGAGGAGAUUGACCUCCGCAGCAUCGGCUGGGGGAACAUCUUCCAGCUGCCCUUCAAGCACUUACGCGACUACCGUCUCCGUCUGCUAUGUCCGUUCUUCAUCUACUCUGGCUUUGAAGUGCUCUUCGCCGUUCAGGGAAUCAUACUGUCAUAUGGAGUGUGUGCAGUAGGGAUGGAGAAGCUGUGGUUGUUAGUUAUGGUGUAUGGUUUGUCAUCCUCCAUCUGUUCGGGCCUGUCCCUGAUGCUGCUGCGCUUGCCCAGGCCGAUUAUUCUUCUGGUGGGCGCCUUCAUGCACUUUGUGCUAAUUAUAGCCCUUAUGUGCUGGUCGCCCCAACCACGAGAGCCUAGCUAUCUUCCGUAUCUGUUGGUGCUCAUUGCCCUCUGGGGUCUGGGCACUGCGCUCAACAAGACUGGACUGAGCACUCUUCUUGGGAUGCUGUAUGAAGACAAGGAGCGACUAGACUUUGUUUAUACCAUCUACCACUGGUGGCAGGCCAUUGCAAUCUUCAUCGUCUAUCUUUGGUCUGCACUGCCUAUGCGGGCCAAGCUUGGACUUCUGUUGUUAGCUCUCAUAGUGGCGAGUUUCUGCUACGUGCAGAUGGAGCGUCGCCUGGCGAAGAAAAUUCCAUUCAGGUUGCCGCGGAUUCCCCGUCCACGACACAAGGUUAAAGGUUACCGAUACCUCGAGGAAGAAAAUUCUGAUGAAUCCGACACAGACUUGAGUGAUGCUGAUGCUGAUGCUGAUGGGAAAGAUGAGGAUGAGAGAAGGUUUGUUGAGGAGGACAGAAAUACAGACAACGAUUCCCAGGGUUCACCGGGACUGGAGAGGGGCGGGGUUAGGGACCGCAGGAAGAAACACGACAACGCUGCCUAUGAACAGGCAGGAGAGAGGGAGGACUAUGUCCAACACACGAGGGACUAGAAAAGAGAGGUGAAAAGGUACGAUUGGGGAUUGGAAAGAGAUGAGAGGAAGUUGUAAAAUACUGAAUAGCCAGAUUGAAAGAGAAGCGAUGGUAUGGGAAACGUUUACUCACUUUUAUAUUAAAUAAUGCUUUUUUUCUUUAGAAAGAAAAAGUGUAGGCCACCGAUGGGAAAAAAUGAAGGUCAGAAAGUAGUAGAAGUGAACCAAGCAUUUCAUUGAAAUGGGAAGUGAAAAGAGGAAACUGCAGAUACUUUGUAAGGUUAGAUGGUUUGUUGCCAUAGAAAUGGAUAUUCUCCAUUUCGAACUUGGUCAAGGUGAUGUACUCGAGUUGUGUAUUUCAUUCUAAUUCUUUUCUGUGCGCUGUAAUUCUUUAUCCAAUUCAUAUCUGUUUUCCUCAUUGUAACUGAAGAACCAAAGUUCUCUCCAUUUAAAAAAAAAAAAGUGUUACAUUUCAUUUUCUUAUAUGUUAUAAAACCAGUUUUAAAUUUGUAAUAAACAUAAAAUAGAGAUAUAUGAUUUAAAAUGGUGCUUUUGCCUAUUUUGGAAUGUUUUAAACCAUAGUAUGAUGUGCUUUAAUAUGAACACCAUAAUACUGCAAGCUUUUUUUUUUUAUUUAGAGUUUGCAGUGUUUCUCUUUCAUCUGCAUUUGAUAAGGUAUUAUAUGCAGUUAUAUUCUUCUUAGGGGCCAUUCACACGGAAUUAAUUUUUUGUAUUUUGCCAUUAAUUUUUCCAUUAUUUUUUUUAUGUAAACAUGCGCUAGAUGGACUUUAGUGCAUGACACAGCAUUCUAAAAAUGCAGUACUCAAGUUAAAAUAAGUUCAACAACGCAUUUUUGCAUUUGAAAAUGUGAGAGGCAGGGCAGUGGAAUGGAAAUAUUUAACUUGAGCUGUGUUUUAUUUUAUUUUUUUAAGUUUAUCACUGUUCAGGCGAAUUUUCUCGCAGGUGAAAUCAAGUUAUUUCAAUAGGAAUCCUUGCGAUUGGAAAUUUCUUGUGAGGGCGAAAGAUUUCCCUAAGCAGAUUUUGUAACUGGUUUAAGUUUGUCACAUUGACAAACAAAAAGUUGCUUUAGUCGGGCAAGAUGCUGCAAAAGAUGCAAGACUCGAGCGCAAUGCAACAGCCAAAAAAUGUAGCACAUCAUGUUUACAUAAACAGUGGGAUGUAAUAAUGCAUUCUCUGUGAACUGCCCCAUCUGAGCUUGGAUUUCAGACAAAAAGAAAUAGAGCAUGCAUUGACGCUACAGUAUGAUUUGCUCUGAAUGGUGGUCAAUCAGGACUCCCCCCCCCCC